AUGCGCUGGCUGCCCCUUCUUCUUUCUCUGGCCUUGCCCUUCGGCUCGCUCGCCGCCAAGAAAUCAGCGUCCGCCGCCGUCGACCGCUUCGAUGAAUGGCACUCCAAGGCCGUCUCGUCCGUCACCCCGAUCAAGCUCGACGACAAGUCCUACAAGAGCCUGACCUCGGCUCCCCGUGACUACACCGUCGCCGUCCUCCUGACUGCCAUGGCCACCCGCUUCGGCUGCCAGUUGUGUCGAGAGUUCCAGCCCGAGUGGGAGCUCCUCGGCAAGACGUGGACCAAGGGCGACAAGAAGGGCGAGUCUCGCCUCGUCUUUGGCACCCUGGACUUUGCCGAUGGCCGUGAUACCUUCGUAUCCCUCGGCCUUCAAACUGCACCCGUGCUGCUGCUCUUCCAGCCCACUACAGGGCCUCAUGCCGUGCCCGCUGCCGAACCCCUCCGCUACGACUUCACGAAUGGCCCGCAAAUCGCCGAGCAGGUCCACGGCUGGGUCGCCCGCCACCUCCCAGGCCGACCCCAUCCCGCUGUCAAACGUCCGGUCAACUACCUUCUCUGGGUUGUCACCACCGUUUCUAUCCUGGGCGGUGCCGGUGCCAUUUUCAAGGCCUGGCCCUACAUCCUUCCCUUCAUCCAGAACCGGAACGUCUGGGCCACCAUUAGCAUCAUCGGCAUCCUCGUCUUUACUGGAGGUCACAUGUUCAACCAGAUCAGAAAGGUCCCUUAUGUUGCUGGCGACGGCAAGGGUAACGUCAACUACUUCACUGGCGGUUUCCAGAACCAAUUGGGCAUUGAAACCCAGAUUAUUGGUUUCAUCUAUGGAGCCCUAUCCUUCAUGGUCAUUGCUCUCAUCCUGAGAGUCCCGAGGCAAUCGGACAACAAGCUGCAGCAGGUUCUGGUCGUCGGCUUGAGUGGAGGCAUCUUCUUGCUCUACGGUCUUCUCCUGUCCAUCUUCCGCAUCAAGAAUGGCGGAUACCCCUUCAGCCUCCCACCUUUCGUCUAA